AUGUCUACUUGUAAUAAAAAUAAUACUUUAACAUUAAUUAAAAUAUGUGAUACUAUAGAACAAACACAAACAUCAAUAAAAGAGCAUGCAAUUUGUAAAAUUAAGAAAGUAAAAGGAAUAAAAUGUAGUAAAAAGUACAAAGUUAAUACAUCAACAAGUAACUGUUCUUCUUAUUUGUUAAACAUUCACAAAAUAACUAAAGAUUAUAUUAAGAAUAAAAAUAAUAUAGAAUUGGUUAAUUUACCUUAUGAUGAAUUAUGUUAG